UGUUUUUGUGUGUCGUUUGACAACGGAGUCUUCACUGAUGAUGAGCCUUAAUGGAACAAAGAAGGUAUUUCUCUGUAAUGAAAGCUCAGAGUUCCAACUUGGUGAGUCUGCUUUUGAACACAUUCCUCUUGUUCCUGAAACCCCAACCUAUGCGGUAACUCUCUUAAAAAUCCCACCACUCUUUUUCAAAAUAUGAUGAUCAAAUGUGACUACCAAGUUAUAUGUACAAUUUUUUAAGUAUUUUUUUUUGUUAUUUUUUUUUUGGGUUUGUUUAACACAGGUGAUGGCUGCUUACAGCAAAGAUACCAGCCCUUUAAAACUCAAUUUGGGCAGUGGAGUUUAUAGAACAGAGGAUGGAAAACCUUUCGUUUUCAACGUAGUAAAUCGAGCCGAGAAGCUUCUAGUCAAUGACGUGUCUGUGGUUAAGGAAUAUCUACCUAUAACUGGAAUACCUGAAUUCAAUGAAUUGAGCGCUAAGCUCAUUUUGGGUGCUGACAGCCCCGCUAUGAAAGAAAAUAGAGUGACCACUGUCCAAUGCGUGGCUGGUUGUGGCGCACUGAGAGUUGGAGCUGAAUUUUUGGCACAACAUUACACCAAAAAAAUGGUAUAUAUUCCCAAGCAGACGUAUUCAAACCACCCAAAUUUUUUCUCUACGGUGGGUAUGGCUGUCAAGACCUAUCGUUACUAUGACCCAGCAACAAAUGGAUUGGACUUUCAAGGUUUGUUGGAAGACCUUUCUUUUGUGCCAUCUGGAGCUAUUGUGCUAUUCCACGCAAGUGGUCAUAACCCAACGGGUGUUGAUCCAACCAUUCAGGAGUGGAACCAAAUACGGCAGUUAAUAAGAUCAAAAGGGCUAUUACCUUUUUUUGAUUCAGCUUAUCAGGGUUUAGUUAGUGGAAGCCUGGAAGAUGACGCACAAUCUGUACGGUUAUUUGUUGCUGAUGGUGCUGAGUGCCUUAUUGCUCAAACAUAUUCGAAGAUCAUGGGUCUUUAUCCCGAACGUGUUGGUGCUCUUACCAUUGUAUGCAAGACAGCAAAAGUGGCUUGUCAUGUAAAGAGCCAACUGAAACUUGUGAUUAGGCCCAUGUAUUCUAGCCCACCUAUUCAUGGGGCUUCUAUAGUGACCACUAUCCUAAACAACAGGGAUAUGUAUAACGAGUGGAGUAAUGAGUUAAAGAAAACUGCUGCUCGCCUCAUUUGUUUGCGCCAAACACUCGUUCAUGCUUUGCAUGAAAAAGGCACACCUGGUAAUUGGAGCCACAUAAUCGAACAAGUGGGAAUGUACUCUCUCACAGGCUUAAAUCCAGAUCAAGUCGAAUUCAUGACUAAAGAAUACCAUAUCUAUACAUCUUCUGAUGGGAGAAUUAACGUGGCUGGUCUGGGCUUUAAAACAGUUGCUUACCUGGCAGAGGCAAUUCAUGCAGCUAUUACUCGUGGCAUCUAAAUUAACAAUAUCAUUCCAUUAUAUUCCAUCCCUAUCCCAUCUUAUAUCUUAUCUUGUCUUGGAUUCUGUUGCACAUCAUUGUAAUUUUAUUUUAUUUUGUCGGCGUCUUUUUCCAAAUGAAUAAAAUUAAUUACCAUAGCUACUCUAA